CUACGAAAGGGUGCAACUGUAAUUUCAAAUCGUGAAAUCGAAAAAAACCCGUUGAAGACUUGUUAUCCCGCCCAUGGCAAUGCUUCGAAAUUUUGAACCGCCAACACACACACGUGCCAAACCAAAACCAGCUCCCCUCGAAUUCGCCACUGAAAUAGCUCUGCUUCCCCCUGACUUCGCCUGCUCGCCGUCGCCAUUUCCUCAAGCUUCCUUUCCUCCUCCUGAACCCACAGAGCACUACAGAGGCCUAGACCAUCCUCCUCGCUUUAUCUUCCUCCCGGCGAAAGUAAGUUCCCUUUUUCCCGUCGCGAAGCUCUGUACGGAAUCACCCCAAUCUUCUCCGCAGGUAAACUACUGCAACCCAAUCGCUUUCUUGCCAUUCGGUCUAAUCAUGUUUAAUUCUAGGUUCAAGAAUAAACGAUUCUCGAAAUUGAUCUUGGGUUGUGGUUUGUGUUUGCUCCGAUUGAAGCCCACUGAGAGAUAGUGUGAGAGGAGGAAAGAUGCCGGAAUCCAGGGAUAGAUUGGUUAGGGAAGUGGACUUCGCCGACGUUUAUGCUCGCAGUCGUUCAAUCGGGGUUCACACAGACGAGUUGGACAGGGCGCUGUUUGGAUCUCGAGUGUCGGAGCCGGUUCCGGUGGAGCGACCCGGGACAGUGUUCGGGCCUGGGUUUCGUCCCGGUUCGGCCGGAAGUCGUCGUCGUCGAGAUAUUCAGAUGAGGAGAAGAAGGUACGCUUCUAGAUCGAGGGGAAUCGAGAAUGCGAGUGCUGCGAGGAGUGGUGAGAGAAGAAGCGACCUGCCUUCUUGGUAUCCAAGAACCCCUCUCCAGGACAUAUCCGCCAUUCUCAGGGCCAUUGAAAGGAGGAGGGGAAGGCAGGGAGAAGUGCAAGGCCAUGAAAUUGGGACACCGGCUGUUCAAGGUCCGAGAGUUGCUGUUGACUCUUUUAAAACUCCCAACCCAGUUCAUCUCAAGCAAGGAAAGUUCAAGUCUCCAUAUCCAGCAAGCAGCAGCAGGGUCAAAAGCAAUCCUCGUCCUAAGCUCGGUAAGGUGCAGAAGCUGAUCCACGAGAUUGCAAAUCAACCAUCUCCAGGGGCAGAGUGCUUAACACCAGAGAAAAAGCUACUCAACUCGAUUGACAAAGUUGGGGAAGUAGUGAAGCAGGAAUUGGAUAAGCUUAAGCGUACCCCUGCUGCUAAGAGGGAAGAAAGGGAGAAAAGGGUUCGCACACUGAUGUCAAUGCGGUGAGUUCUGGAUGGAUGGUUGGUUCGUUGGAGCUUGGUUUGGAUAUAUUGAUCAUCACCUUCUGGUGAUGAAUGUGCAGUAGGGUUAGGGUUGUUCGAUCACCUUCUGGUGAUCACCUUCGAGUUAUGAUCAUCUUCUGGUGAUCCAAUGAGUCAUGAUCAUCUUCUGAUGAUACCCUUUUGGUGGCUCUCGGAAUUUCCUUUCAGCUUGAUGGCUCCCAAUCAAAACUUUUGAUUGCUUAGUGUAGAUUUAGGAGGUAUCAUUCUGUCUUCAGUCUGUUGAAGAUCUUUUGAUUGCUUAGUGUAGAUUUAGGAGGUAUCAUUCUGUCUUCAGUCUGUUGAAGAUCUUUUGCUCCAUGUCUUCAUUCUUUUGAAGGCUUUGUUGAAUUGAAUGUAUAUCGGCAUGCUGGUGAGUUUUUUCAUCUAGUGUAUAUAACUAAUCUCCAUAGAUGAUAGAGACCUAAAGGACCAAAUGCGUGAUUCUCGAUUUGUAUUCUUGGUAUGGCUAAUGAACAGUAUGGUUUAGU